CUAAAGAAGACGAAUUUGACCUGUUAUUGAAGCGGCUAAGCUAGUUCGCUAACUGCUCUGCCGCACCGUGAUGUGCUUUAAAUAUGUCUACAGCUUCUAAAGUUGUUCUCGGAGUGUCGGUGGUCCUGACAGUCAGCACGGUAGUGGGAGUUCACCUUAAGCAGAACUGGGACCGGCAGAGGCUGCGCGAGGGAGUUCUGCGAGACGUGGAGCGCUUAGAGCGGAAGCGUGAGAACCUGCGGGUGCUCGAGGAGCAGAUCCAGCUGACCAGAGAGCUUGUGGCCGAACGAGCGCAUCAGGAAGCCGAGGCGGCCAGAGGGUCCUGAAGAGCCCACCUGAGCAGAAGGAGGCAUGGACAGCGGGGACCAGAGGGGCCUGCCAGGGCAGGAUGAGGAGGCCAUGUGCACAUCCGCCUCGGAAGGCUUGGAGGAGGGGGAAGUGGAGGGGGAAACUCUCUUGAUUGUGGAGUCAGAAGACCAAGCAUCGGUGGACCUUUCUCACGACCAGAGUGGCG